GUUACUUGGUCGUUGGCUUGUAAAUAAAACCACAGCGGCUCCCUCUUCCCUGCAAACAAACCCCUUCUUUCACCUUUAUUCCCACACCUUCGUUUACCACAUACACGCAUUCCUCUGCUGAAAACUGUUUCUCUUACGUAUACAAGCGUAGGCUGACCUCCUUCGUUUUUACUCGCAACAGUUUCUGUCUCUCGUUAACGCAGAACUCUUAAUUGAAUCUUCUUUAAUAACCCCCACCCGCACCCUCCUGCUCAAAUAUACAAACUUGAGCUUUCCUUUUAGCCAUCUGUUUUUGUCGCUACGUAACACCAAACAAAAAUGUUCUCCAGACUUCUAUCUACCACCGCGGUGGUCCUGGCUGCCAGCCGGAUGGUCUCUGCUCAGACCCACACUGACUGCAAUCCUAUGGAGAAGAGCUGCCCUGCCGACCCUGCUUUUGGCAAGACUGUCACCAUCGAUUUCACCAAGGGCGAGAGCGAUCAUUUCAAGAUCGCCGACGGCACCACCCUCACCUACGACGGCGAAGGUGCCGUUUUCACUAUCAACAAGGAGACAGAUGCCCCUACCAUCACUAGCAAGGAGUACAUCUUCUUCGGAAAGGUUGACGUAGAGCUUCAGGCUGCGCCCGGUGUUGGUGUGGUUACCAGCUUCGUGCUACAAUCUGAUGACUUGGAUGAGAUUGAUUGGGAGUGGCUUGGUGGUGACAAGGCUCAGGUGCAGACCAACUACUUCGGCAAGGGAGACACGACUACCUACGACCGAGGUGCCUAUCACCAGGUUGCCAACCCUCAGGACCAGGUGUACAAGUACACCAUUGAGUGGACUAAGGACUACGUCCACUGGUCGAUCAACGAUAAGCUCGUCCGUGAGCUGAAGUAUGCCGACGCUCAGGGCGGUACCCGAUUCCCCCAGACCCCCAUGCAAGUCAAGCUCGGUACUUGGGUUGCCGGUGGCUCCAAAUCUGCCGAAGGAACCCGAGAAUGGGCUGGAGGUUACACCGACUUCAGCCAGGCUCCCUUCAUCGCUCACUACAAGUCUCUCACCAUCGCCGACUACAGCAACGGUGUCAAGAACGCCGAGGAGUACGUCUGGGCUGAAGGAUCUGACGGUUCCUAUGGUAGCAUCAAGGUCGUCACUGACGAUGACUCCGACGACGAUGAGACCACUAGCAGCUCCGCUUCCAGCACUGCUAAGUCUACCAAGACUGCUUCUUCGGAUGCUACCUCUGCGACUAAGAGCUCGGACAGCUCCAAGACUACCCUAUCUACUGCUACGUCCACCAACUCUGCUUCCGGCUCUGCCUCUGCCAGCUCUGGCGCCUCUGCGACCGCUGCCCCCACUGGAAACGAGGACACCGCAGCCUCAGCUAGCACCAGUGCCGGUGCUUCUGAGACCAGCGCCCCCGUCCAGACCGGUGGUGCUUUCAAGGUCGGCUUCAGCGGUGCUGCCAUUCUCUUGGCCGCUCUCAUGCUAUAAAGCUAUGAAAUCAGUUGCAUGUGUUAUAUGAGUUAGUGUCAUUUUUUCAGCAUUGGCGAAUCGGUAAUCUGUGGUUUCCACUUCGAUGAACCUACUAUUCACUUCUUCUUGAUCAUCCUUUGCACAUAAAUCAAACCAGACACUUAUCGUCCGUCCGUACAGAGGACGCUAAGUAUGUCGAAUUUACCCCUUUAUAUCUAUAAUACUGCUUUUAAUUACGGUUCACGUGGAUUCCCCGGUUACGCUUGAGGCUUGAUGUCCAACUGCCUACCAACCUUGAUGAUAGUCCGGCGAGCGGGAUGGGUCAGUUACCGGAACGAUUAAUUGCAUGUACAGGGAGUGGGAGGAGAAGUUAAGGAGAACGUUGGAGCAUGAGUGACAUAUAUACAUAAGGAUCGUGAGGGAGAUCUUGUAAGCUUUUGUGGCUUCGCCAUCCAAUGCAUGAUACCAAAAGGUAGAGAAAAUUUACAGUUUUGCGGUUUUUUUUUACAAU